UUCCUUUCUGCUAAGCUCUCCAUCAUGGCGCCUGUCCAGAAGAAGCAGAACGUCGGUAAAGGAGGGAAGAAGAAGAAGCAGGUUCUGAAGUUCACGCUGGACUGUACGCAUCCCGUUGAGGAUGGAAUCAUGGACGCUGCCAACUUUGAGCAGUUCCUGCAGGAGCGCAUCAAAGUGAACGGGAAAGCCGGGAACCUGGGAGGAGGAGUGAUCUCCAUCGAGAGGAGCAAGAGCAAGAUCACCGUGUCCUCCGAAGUCCCCUUCUCCAAGAGAUACCUGAAGUACCUGACCAAGAAGUACCUGAAGAAGAACAACCUGCGUGACUGGCUGCGAGUGGUGGCCAACACCAAGGAGAGCUACGAGCUGCGCUACUUCCAGAUCAACCAGGACGAGGAGGAGGAGGAGGACGAGGACUGAACAUCUGCUUUUGUACAUUUGAAUAAAUGAUGUUUACAGAACA